CGCACGACGUUAUCAAUUUGCAUUUUCUAAGUAUCCAAAAAACGAUUCUUUAAACGAGCGCACCAAUUUUCGGGACGAUUAGUGGUGAUUUAUUCGGUUGUCGCAUCGUAUUUGUCAACAUGUGUUACAGUUACAAAUCGAUCGAACGACGCGACCUUGAUAGGAAGGAAAGGGUGACCAUGUCGGAACCUCCUCCCCCAGUCCAAUUUUGUGACCAAGUGUCGAGUACUUCGGCGCUGUUAUCAUCGCUACUGGGUGGCGAGGAGGUGCACAUUACAGCUUGGAACGAAAAUGAACGUAGUGUGGUGGACUGGCAAGAAAGAUGCAUAGAACUAGAGGGAUCUCUUCAACGAUUUCGAGAUCAGGCUGCUCAAAUCAGAGAACUUCUCCGAGAGAAGUUGGCGGAUUUGGAGCAGAGGAAGGAAGAUGCGGAAAAAAGAGCAGACGAAGCCGAAAGGAGGGCACAGCUGAUGGAGAAGAGGUUGGCUGAAGCAACUUGGAAUGCUAGCCAACAUGGAGAUUCUUGCAAUGUUGGUUCUAAUAUAGAAAAACUGACAAAUCUACAUUCUGAAAAAGAUGAUGCUAUCAAUACAUUAGAGCAACAAGUGGAAGAACAGAAAAAAUUAAGGAUUCAGGAUGCAAGACAAGUUGAAGCUAAGGCUGCUAAAAUCAAAGAAUGGGUGACAAAUAAGUUAAAGGAGCUUGAAGAACAGAAUCAGCAUCUCAGGCAACAAAAUCAGAAAUGUAAUGAACAACUUGAAUUGUUGAAGAACCGUUUGACUCAACUUUCUCAGCUGAGUUCCCGUUCAAAGCCAAGAGAUCGAGCAAGCACAGAGGAUUCUUCAAGAGGAAGUUUUGAAGAUAGAGGUGAAUCUGAUGAUAGUUUACCACCAGAAAUACCUGAAAGAAUAUCUCCAACAAGCAUUCGACGGAUUAGACGUGAACAUUCUCUUGGAGAAGAAGGCACAACACUUAGGGAAGCAAUUCUUCGUGAAGGACAUUGUAAUGCAGAUUCAGAUUCGGAUCCACUUUAUGCAGCUGUUGAUUACUCAAAGAAAAAAUCUCAUACUCGUUCUGCUCCACCUCGUGUGAAAUUGGAAAGGAAAAAAUAUAAUGAUGGUAAUGCAUCUAUAUUGAGUUCUACAGCAUCAGAAGAACAGUGUGAUUCUGAAGCUGAUGUGCGACAUGAUUCUAGAGUUGAUUCUGGUUCGGUUGAUGUGGAUACACCAGCAUGCUUGACUCCAAGAAGCCCAUUAACACCUAAUGCUCUUGUUUCUAUCUCGGAUCCCCCAACUAAUGGAGAUAGUUCGGAUGGUACAUCUCCACAUUCUGAUGGUAAGAGAAAACCUGUACCCCCACCACGCUCACGAGUUCCAGCCAAGCCAAAGGCAAAUAACUGCUCUAGUUCUCCAGUUGUUUCUCAGGUACAAUCACAGCCAAUGGUGUCAAAUUCAGAAAUGAAUGGAUCUAAACAUGGUGCUUCGUCUUCUUCUAGUGACAAUUAUGAUAAUGUGGAAUGUAAAAUAUCUAGUCAGAAAAAAAGCAAAGUUGAUCAACAUUCUUCCAGUGAAAAGAAAAAAAUUGUGUGCGCUGAUAAUGAAAUUCAUGAUUAUGCUGAAAUAUACACACCAAGUCAAGAGCUUCCAAAUUUUCCUUCUCGAGAAAAUGGUGAUGACUUAGAAGGAAAACCACCAACUCCACCACUUCAUCGAUUUCCUUCUUGGGAAUCUAGAAUUUAUGAAGUUGCAAUAAAUGGUAUAAGUAUGUCCUCUGACUCCCUUCAAGGAACACCUUCUACUUCUCCAAACAAUAAUUCAAAACCAUCAACUGAUCCAUAUAUAAAUAAUAUUUUUCCUGAUCUUAAUAUUCCAGUUUAUGCAACAGUAAAAGGAAGAGCAUCUCAAAUAAGAUCAAUACCUUUUACUGGUGAUUCAUCAGAUUCAUCUGAUAAUGAAGAUACAAGAGUCACAGUUACAACUACAUCAUCACAAACAACAAGUGGAGAAACAGAAUCAAGUCUUUCAACAGGUAGUCCUAGUAAAAGUGGAAAAACAACUGGUAGUAGUUUAUCACCUUCACCUGCUAAACAAAACUGCAUAUCACCUACAAAAUCUGUAAAACGAGAUGCAUCAAUAGAAUCCGUUUUGUCUGAUGACUAUGCAAUUCCACCUGAUGCUGUUUCUUCUGAUACCAUUAGUAUUGUUUCAGUUGAACCACAAGCUGUCAAAAUGUCAAUCACUCAAGUCAGUCCCAAAAAAGAAUCUUUAGAGAAAAGUGGUUAUUUAACUAAAUUAGGUGGAAAAUUUAAAACAUGGAGACGUAGAUGGUUUGUUCUGAAAAAUGGAACACUAAGUUACUAUAAAACUCAAAAUGAUGUCUGUCGCAAACCCCAGGGACAGAUAAUUUUAGAUGAAGUAUGCAGGGUUAACAGGGCAGAAGGUGCAGCAACAUUUGAGAUAUCUACUGGAAAACGCACAUAUUAUUUAACUGCUGAUUCAAUAAAUACAAUGGAAGAAUGGGUUAAAGUAUUACAAAAUGUUCUUAGGAGAAAUGCAACACGUCUUCUUCUUAGUAAAGAAGAUAAUAAGCCAACAAUAGAAGGCUGGUUAACAAAGGUUAAGCAUGGUCAUUCUAGAAGAUAUUGGUGUGUGUUAAUUGGACGUAUGUUUUUAUACUUCAAAACUCCUAAUGAAACAGAUGUCUGGUUAUAUCAUUUGACUGUAGUCUCAUCUGGUGAAAACUUAGCAGGUACACAAUAUGAACAAUUGAUUGCUCGUCUAAUGGAAGCUGAUGGAGAUGAAAAUAGUGUAAUAUGGAGACAUCCAUUAUUAUUGUAUUCCAAAGACAGUAUAUCGCAACCUCUGACCACUUUACCGUCCGAACAACUACAAACAGAGGCAGUAAAACUUUUUAAGUCCAUCCAGUUGUUUAUAUCAGUGCCAUUGGAUACUUCGGGAAUAGAUUAUCAUGUGGCUCUGGCUCAAAAUGCCUUGCAGCAGUGCCUCACAUUUCCAGAGCUCCAGAAUGAAUUUUUCUGUCAAUUAAUUAAACAAACUUCUAGACAUUGUUAUCAGAGACUAGGUGUACAGGUAAGUGUAAAUAAAUUAACUGUAUAUAGUGCAUUACUAAAACCAAAAGAUGUCUGGUUAUAUCAUUUGACUGUAGUCUCAUCUGGUGAAAACUUAGCAGGUACACAAUAUGAACAAUUGAUUGCUCGUCUAAUGGAAGCUGAUGGAGAUGAAAAUAGUGUAAUAUGGAGACAUCCAUUAUUAUUGUAUUCCAAAGACAGUAUAUCGCAACCUCUGACCACUUUACCGUCCGAACAACUACAAACAGAGGCAGUAAAACUUUUUAAGUCCAUCCAGUUGUUUAUAUCAGUGCCAUUGGAUACUUCGGGAAUAGAUUAUCAUGUGGCUCUGGCUCAAAAUGCCUUGCAGCAGUGCCUCACAUUUCCAGAGCUCCAGAAUGAAUUUUUCUGUCAAUUAAUUAAACAAACUUCUAGACAUUGUUAUCAGAGACUAGGUGUACAGCAAUUACUACUUUGUGCAACACAAUCACUCUUUCUCUGUGACACAUCAGCUGCAGAGAAAACUUCUCCUACCUCUACUGUUCCAUCUGAUAGGCCGUCCUUGACAGAAAAUAAGUUAAAUCCUCCAACUUUUAUGUUUGUACAGGCAUGGCAAUUACUAGCCUUAGCAAUUUCACUUUUUAUUCCAAAAAAUCGUACUUUAUGGUAUCUGCGCACACAUCUGCAAAGGAAUGUUGAUUCCAAAACAGAACCUGGAAAAUAUGCAAUAUUUUGUCAGAGAGCUCUUGAAAGGGCACUUACAAAUAGUAGCAGGGAAUGUAAGCCAUCAAGAAUGGAAGUCCUUAGUAUACUGCUCAAAAAUCCUUAUCAUCAUUCACUUCCUCAUAGUAUACCAGUUCAUUUUUUAAAUGGAACAUAUCAGGUUGUAGGAUUUGAUGGUUCUACCACUGUUGAAGAAUUUAUUCAAAGUUUGAAUGCAGAAGCAGGGAUUAGAGAUACUAGCCAUUCUGGAUUCUUUCUUUACAGUGAUGAUCCCAUCGAAAAAGGCAUGGAACAUUGCCUUCAAAGUUCUUCCAAGCUCUGUGAUGUUAUAUCAAAAUGGGAACAAGCAUUAAGAGAAAAGCACUUAGGAAAAUUUGAAAACACAAGAAUUAUUAAACUUAUGUAUAAAAACAGAUUGUGUUUCCGUCAGUUAUUGAAAGCUGAAACUGAUAAAGAAAGAUUAUUAACAGCAUAUCAAAUUAAUGAUGAAGUGAUGCAAGGAAAAUUUCCACUUACUAGGGAAUUAGCACUUGAAUUAGCUGCACUGAUGGCACAAAUUGAAUUUGGAGACUAUAAUGGUGAUAAAAUCAGAGGAAGUGGUGGUCCUCCAACUAAUCCUCAACAUCAGUUACAGCAAGUGAUUGAGAAAUUUUAUCCUCAGAGGUAUCGAGAAAUCCAAGGGGAAAACUUAUUAGUUAGCAUACAACUCUGUGAUGUUAUAUCAAAAUGGGAACAAGCAUUAAGAGAAAAGCACUUAGGAAAAUUUGAAAACACAAGAAUUAUUAAACUUAUGUAUAAAAACAGAUUGUGUUUCCGUCAGUUAUUGAAAGCUGAAACUGAUAAAGAAAGAUUAUUAACAGCAUAUCAAAUUAAUGAUGAAGUGAUGCAAGGAAAAUUUCCACUUACUAGGGAAUUAGCACUUGAAUUAGCUGCACUGAUGGCACAAAUUGAAUUUGGAGACUAUAAUGGUGAUAAAAUCAGAGGAAGUGGUGGUCCUCCAACUAAUCCUCAACAUCAGUUACAGCAAGUGAUUGAGAAAUUUUAUCCUCAGAGGUAUCGAGAAAUCCAAGGGGAAAAGCAAGUGAUUGACAACAUUCGUGAGAAGUGGAAACAGUUGAAAGGGAGAUUAGUAUUGGACUGUGUUCGCAUUUAUUUAAAUUGUGCCCGAAAAUGGUCCUAUUGCGGUGCCAAAUUAUUUAGUGCCAAGUAUCAUAUUUAUGCUUUUAGGCAAGUGAUUGACAACAUUCGUGAGAAGUGGAAACAGUUGAAAGGGAGAUUAGUAUUGGACUGUGUUCGCAUUUAUUUAAAUUGUGCCCGAAAAUGGUCCUAUUGCGGUGCCAAAUUAUUUAGUGCCAAGCUGAAAUCCGGAGAUCAGGCGAUGAUCUGGUUGGCUGUGGUAGAAGAUAGCAUAGUUCUACUCGAUUACGUAACUAUGCAACCUCUCGUACGCUAUUUGUAUUCCGGAGUCAUGACUUUCGGAGGAUGCAGGGACGACUUCAUGCUAGUCAUCAGUUCGUCGGAUGGAGAAACGGGACACAACACGGAGAGGCUACUCUUCUCCAUGUCCAAACCUAAGAUCCUAGAGAUGACGCUGUUAAUCGCUGAUUACAUGAACGCCCUAGGGCGACCUGCUCUAGUGCCUCCAUCCCCUCAAGUCAGUACCUUAAGCAGGUUGGAGAAGAUUCGAGCGAAGAUCAGGGCCAGCAACACUCUACCGUCGUGUGGAACAGCUGUAGAUUCGCCCGAUAUCGUCAAGAUGGCGGCCGAGGCCGAUUCCCGAUUGCUUCAUCGGAGCGAAUCUUGCAAGAAACGAGGUGGAAGCGAUUCCACGUGA